CGGGAAUGGCGGUCAAUUUAACUCCGCGGUUCCGGCGGUUGGGGAGCGGGAGUUCCCUGAAGAGGCGGACAGAUUGUCCCUUUACAGUCAGAGGACCAAAAUCCUGGAAAUCCCUCCCUAACAGCACUAUGGGAGCACCUUCACCACAGCAAAAUUGUCAAAGGCUUUGAUGAGGGCAUUCAGAACCUUUUCAAGCGACGCAGCUUUGGAACAAUGUUAUUCAUGCCCUCCACACCCAGGUAGACUUGAGGCAACAGAGACGGCAUUGGAGAAUGCACAGUGAUUGCUUUACUGGUGCCGAUGCAGUUGAUGUGGUGCUCAGUCAUCUCAUGCAAAACGUAUACUUCAGCAACAGUGAGAUUUCACGUUUGAAGGUGGCUCGCCUUUGCCAGGCUCUGAUGGAUCACAAAGUGUUUUGCCCUGUUGGUUCUAGACUCUUCAGUAAAGAGCAGGAGAUGAUGUUUGAGGACCGCAGUAGCAGUCUCUAUAAAUUUCUGGACAGUUGCUCUUUGCCAGGAGCUGAGAAAGACCAAGAAACGGAAAAUUUGUUGUAUCAUGAGAGACCAGUGACAAAGAGGAAAUAUCCCAAACCAGAUAAAAUAACUUUAUCGAAUCCUCUUGCCUUGGAAACUCAUGAUAAAAGAAUUGAAGAGCUUUUGCAAACGAUCAACCUUCAUCCAUCACUAGCCCCAAACCUUAAAGUAAAAAGACCAACCAACCUGCUCUCCAAAAAAGUUGUAGAGGAUGUUUGGAAGCAAACCACUUUGUUGCAGCUGCUCCAUUUAAUUCACCUUCCCAUCUUGGACAGCAUCCUGGAGUCUCCUUUGAAGGUGGAAAAAAGGCGACUAGCUCAGUUCAAUCGGCAAACUGACCUCAUUAUCUCCAACACAUUCCUGGAUCGAGAGGUUUCUAAGAGCCUAAAUCUACCCUAUACUGAUGAGUGGUUCUCAGUGGCAGUUGAUUGCCUGGAAUAUUUCCCAGAUGAGGUGAUUGUGCGCGCAAGUGAACUGUUAUCUCAGAUCGUAAAUGACAGAGAGGCUGCAGGGACACACAAAAGGGUGCUAUUUGAAACUAUAGUGCGGCACUACAGUCAGAACAGGGAGCCACUUCUCCGUGACCGAUAUCUCGACAUACACGCAGGGAUCAUUGAACUUCUAGAAAGUGGGAAGACUGGACAAGCUCUGGAAGCUGCACAACUUUGUAUUGGGUUGUUGGAGCCUAACUGGAGAGAGGAACUGCACAGAUUGCUGUCCUUCAUGGCUGUUGCAGCUGCCCCUGGUGCUUGCAAACUACAGAAACAGAGUGCCAACAGAACUGUGAUAAGGAGAACCUUCACCAAAGCUAUUGUACAAAGCAAAUUUCGAUCAAAAACACAGGCUGAGAAACUGGUCGUAUUCCUAAUGGAUAACCACACUGACAUCUUCAAGAUCCCUGGUUCUUUGCUUCAGAUGGUCAGGAAGAAGCUUUUUUUCCUUCAGGAAGGAGGGGAUCCUGAUGCUUCUGCAGCUUUUACAUUCUGCCAGCAAAUAACACAAAAGGAGUUUGAUGAGCAGAAAAACAAAACCACCAUAGACCAGCUUCAACGGUUAGUCCAGGACAUCAGUCAAAACUCCAAAAUAUCUGUAAAAGAGCGAAACAGACUUCUUCAGGAAUUCCAGAAACAACAUCCUUUAGUGUUUCUUCAGCAUUUCUCAAAUAUCAUUUAGGAGGAGAAUAUUAGUAAGGUUGUUCCUGUAUAUUUUUUUUUGAAAAACUAGCAUUUUGCGUAAUUGCAAGAAUUUAGUGGCACUCUCCACAAUUGUAAAAAUUACAAAAUGGGAGCUGGCCAUUUGACGCUUGUGACAGUGGUAUGUUCAUUUCUCUACUAAAAUCUUGGCUAGUGGCUUUAUCCAUUUGAUUGUGAUUUAAUUUAUUUGCACUGAAUGAGACUUAACAAAUUGUCAAUGCUGUAAAGUUUCCUUGAUACUACUGAUUUAUGUUGUGUCCUAAAUAUUUCGGUGGGAACAAUUGUUUACCUUUUGUUUAUCUGGGUUGCCACGUGUGGUCGCUCUCCUGAAUUUUUGCUACCACCGGAAAGCCUCGUCUGCUGGCUCCAUUGAUUAUGGGUAACAACAUGAUUUCCUGCUGGGCACAGUCAGCUUGUGAGACUCCAUGCAGAAGCGUGAACUCAUAAUACAAGCGUACAAAUUAGGAGCAGGAGUAGGCCACUUGGCCCUUCGAGCCUGCUCUGACUGAUCUGAAUGUAACCUCAACCCCACAGUCUUGCCUACCCCGAUUAACCCCUCACCCCUUGUUAAUCAAGCAUGUAUCCAGCCCUGCCUUAAAUAUAUUCAAAAAUUGUGCUUCCACAGCCUUUUGAGAAAGAGUUCCAAACACACUCAACCCUCAGAAAAAAUUUCUCCUCACUUCUGUCUUAAGUGGGCAACCUGGUAUUUUUGAACAGUGACCCCUAGUUCUAGAUUCUCCCACCAGAGGAAACAUUCUCUCCACAUUCGCCCUGUCAAAACCCUCAGGAUUUUCUGCUUCAAUCAAGUUGCCCCUUACUCUUCUAAAUUCCAGUGGAUACAAGCCUAACCUGUCCAGCCUUUUCUCAUAAGACAACCUGCCCAUUCCUGUUAUUAGUCUAGUAAACCUUCUCUGAACUGUUAA